AUGCUCCCCACCCCAGACCUCUCACACCUCAAGAGCGAGGACUACAGGCACGUCUAUGAACCAGCAGAGGAUACCUUCAUCCUCCUCGACGCGUUAGAAGAGGAUGCUGAAACACUACGAGAACUGAGACCUGCUGUAUGCGUGGAAAUCGGCUCAGGAUCCGGAUGUGUAACAACGUUUGCGGGCAAGAUCCUCGGGGCGUCUUCAUCUUUGUAUCUGACCACUGACAUCAACCCUCGGGCAUGCGCAACCACUAAAGCAACCGGAUGUCAAAACACCGUUCCGAUCGAACCCAUCCUAGCCUCACUGGUAGGACCACUGCGCGCACGUCUGAAGCAUGCAGUGGACCUGCUCCUUUUCAAUCCGCCGUACGUCCCGACAGACGCCGAAGAAGCCGAUGCAGCGCAGGACGACGCGGGCAUUGCGGGUGCGUGGGCUGGAGGACAAGACGGCAUGGCCAUCACGGACGUUGUGCUCGACCAAGUAGAAAACCUGUUGUCCCCUCGAGGUCGCUUUUAUCUCGUCGCCGUCAAGCAGAACGACAUUCAGGGGAUAUGUGGCAGGAUGCUGACCCAACACGGCCUUCGGGGCGAGGUCGCGCUGCAGCGCAGAGCCGGGAGGGAGCACCUGUACGUGCUAAGGUUCCAUCGAGAACGUCCAGAUCGCACAUAG